AUGGAUAAGUUGAGUUAAAAGUUAGACAAGUUUUACACAGAUUGCUAUGAUUUAGAAAACUAGACAAGAAAUAAGUCAUCUUAAAAUCAUCUAGAUCUUAAUACAUCAUUGGAUGAACAUUUUAAAAAUCUUGAGUUUAUGUAAUACAAUGAUUAAAGCUUCGAAUGUGAAGACUGA